GUAUCUCGCACAUUAUUAAUGCCUGCUAACUGAUUUUGUGUUUUCGCUCACCUCCACUAAAGACCCCUAACAGAUUUACUCAUAACUCUACUUCUGCUAUGACAAUACUGUUGUUUUUCCUUUCAUUUGUUCUUCAUUUUUUUGCUGUUUGGAACAUACAAACUUUAUUAUCUUUCUGCACUUUAUAUCUCAUGCAACCCAAUACUAAGCGGUACAACUCUAAAGUAGUAUACUUUGUUUGCUCAUUUUGCCUGUAGCUGCUUCAAUUGUAUCCCAUUAUCAAACUCCCACUUCAACAUUCUAGAAUUGUACAGCAGUAUCUCAUCUGUGACAAAGAACUCAUAACACAUACAUAGUUACCCCAUGAAGCGGGGAACAAAAGUCAAUAGUAUGAUACAUGCUCUGUUAUCUUUUAUGAGUUUGUACUGUCUGUUCUGUCUUUGUCCUAACUUGCUCUUACCAGAGUUUGUUAGUGCUUUGUUUCUACAACAACAACUCAUUUAUGCAGCUACAAAGUGCAGUUCUGCGCAGUUUACUGCUUUCCUUUGAUUAAUUUUCCCCUUCUGUGUAAACAACUGAAACAUUGUUGCAUGCCCCUCAUUUUAUCAGCCCCCUUCAUAAAAAAUGAACUAACCAAGUACUUUGAAUUAACAUUCAUGUUAUCCUACAGAUACUACUAUUUGGUUAACUAUAUUUCCUACAAACAUGGUACUAUGACUUAACAUUGACCAAAUAGAACUAGCGACACGGGAUUGGAUUUGCAAAGUUCAAAUUGUCGAAAUAAGCCACCCCAGAGAAAGCCUUGACAAAAAAUGUACAUUCCAAAAUUUGAUUUUGGAAGAUGAAGAGGAAUGCCAAAUUAAGGCUGUUAUGUACACUGAUGAGAUUGAGCAGUAUGCAGAUAAGCUUAAACUCCUCCAUACCUACCUCAUCUCUACUGCAAAAGUGAAAGUCUCUCCCACUUCAUACGGCAAGCCAAUACAUAAACUUUACUGGAUUCUUGACAAAGAAACAGUAAUUGAACAAAUCAAACCAUCUCACGCAGUUGAAAAACCCCUUUCGCUGCCAACAAAGCUCAAUAUCACACCCUUUGACCGUAUUCCUCAUCUAAUGGUUGAUUCUGCUGCUGAAAUAGAUAUACUGGCAAUCGUUCUUCGUUGUGGUCCUCAAAAAACCGCCGGUCGCAGUCAUCAUAGGUGUCGAGAAAUUACCCUUUGUGACAAUCAGAAAAAUCAGUUUCUCUUCACUCUAUGGGAGGAUUUUGGAGAAAUAGAAGGACAUGAAAUUGCGUCUCAAAUAGCAACAGCAGCAGAUCUGCUUGUAAUCCUCGGAAUGAGUAUAGGAAUCUCUACUUAUCACGGGUUGUCACUGCAGACUAGGUACAACUCCACAGUACGUGUGAAUCCAAAUUACCCACAGGCAGUCGCACUCAUGAACUGGGCCAAAGAAAACAAAACUAGCGCUCUUAAGUUGUCCAUCAGAGAAAACCUCAACUAGCUCAUCUAUAGCUCCCAUGAUAGUCAGUACUGGUGCGCAACAGCUUCUCUCUAUCGCAGAAAUCUCAUUAGCACCUUCUAUGGGAGUCCUCUCUGUUGACGCACAGAUGGCCAUAUUAGAUAAAUUUCAAGACUUUUGUGUGCUUGAAUGCUCAGGAUGCAAACAGAAAAAGCAUACAAAGGAUAGAAAGGAUUUUGAUUGUCCAAAAUGCAAGCGCACAACAGCCUUAGUGCCUCGCUGUAGCUUCCAAAUUGAUCUUCUUGACAAUACUGGUACAACCACAACAUCUAUCUCUGUUGAAUUAGGAGAAAAAUUGAUGUCCAUGACAGCAGAAGACAUAUUUGAAAUAACUUGCACUAAGCGACAAUCAUUGUCUCUUAAUCAUGUCCAUGAGAUGUUGUC